GGCUGAGCUUUGCCGUUCUUCUGCGUUCGUGGUUUUGCGUUCUUUUAAAAUCGUUAAGUUAGGCAUUGUUCCGUUCUGUGAAACGUUAGAGGAAAAAGUGCUCUCUUAUGUAGAAAGCUUUGCUCAUCCCAACUGCCCUGAACAAAAGACUAAGAACCUACCUGCCUGUCUGAAGGAAGUGCCUGAAAGAAGGCCCUAAAGCUCUUUCUUAAGCAGAGAUCAUCAGUGCCAACAACAUGGAGGAUGUUGACAGCUUGCAGUUUCGUCAGCUGCUCCUGCUCAUCGAUGAAAAACUGGGGGCUGAGGAUGUAGCAGCAUUAAAAUUUCUCUGUAUUGACUUGAUCCCCUUCAGAAAACUGGAAAGCGUGCAGUCAGCAAUGGACAUUUUUCAGCUUCUUAUGGAUGAAGAUUAUCUGAAUGAGAAAGAUACUUUCCUGCUAGCUGAACUGUUAUACGCAAUUAAAUACCACUCCUUGCUCAGUCUCCUGGGCUAUACCAAGGAGAAAGUGCAAGCAUGUCUGCGUGAGAAGGGAAAAGUGUCUGUGUACAGGCAGAUGCUGUAUGAAUUGUCAGAGAACAUUACCAAUGAGAUGUUGCAGGAAAUUGUAUUCCUCCUGAGAAACCAUCUUCCAAAGCGACACAGAACUAUUUCUGCUUUGGAGUUGCUGAUUUUAUUGGAAAAACAGGGUCUUUUAACUGAAAACAAUGUGCAGACACUGGAGGAAGUCUUUAGAAAUGUUUCACCUGAUCUCCUGGAAACAGUAAACUGCUACAGAAUGGCAAAUGUGUCUCUGUCUCAGCAGGAGAAUACUCUUCCAGUCAAGGAAUCUUCACCAUCUUAUGCUGUAGGCAUCAGAGUUUUCAAUUCCCCUCAGGAGACCUCAAUCAAAUUUGUCAGUUCCAAUAUCCAUGAUAAUUAUGUUGAAGAACCUGGGAGCCCAUGGGAAUAUACUGGAAAUGUGAGCUCUGUACCUGGCAGGCAAGAUAACAGAGCGCCUGAUCUUACACGAGUCUUCUCUGAAACAAACCUGCAGCUGUCUGGAGGAUUCAGUGGUGUAGAAAAUGAAUCCAAGGCGUCAACUUACAAAAUGGAUGGGCCACAGAGAGGAAUUUGUCUUGUUAUUAAUAAUGUUAAAUUUGAUGGGGUUCUUCAAGAGAGAAAGGGUUCUUAUAAAGAUGCCUGGGAACUGGAGAAAGUAUUCAAAUGGCUUGGUCUGGAUGUGAGGGCUUACACAGAUCAGACAUCUGAUCAGAUUAAAGAACUGAUGCAAGCAUGGCAGCGUUCAGAAGACCACAAGGAUAGGGACUGUUUUGUUUGUUGCAUUCUGUCUCAUGGAGAGUCAGGAGCAGUCUAUGGGAAAGAUGGGAAGCUUGUAUCAAUCCGUACUAUCAUGACCUACUUCACUGCCAAACAAUGUCCACAGUUGACUGAAAAACCCAAACUAUUCUUUAUCCAAGCAUGCCAGGGUAAAGAGAUACAGCGUCCUGUCUAUGUUGAAACUGAUGCACGAGUUCCUGACUUCUCUUCUGUACAACGGAGCAUUUCUCCUUCUGAAAGUAUUCCUGAAGAGGCUGAUUUCCUUCUAGGCAUGGCCACAAUUGACGGAUAUGCUUCUUUCCGACAUGUUCAAGAGGGUACUUGGUAUAUUCAGGCCUUGUGCAGCAAGCUACAGUCGUUGGUACCAAGGGGUGAAGAUAUUUUGUCCAUCCUUACAGAAGUUAAUGAAGAUGUUAGCAAGCGUGUUGACCGUUGUGGGACAAAGAAGCAGAUGCCGCAGCCAGCAUAUACCUUAAGAAGAAAACUUAUAUUCCCAAUACCUAGAGACCCCCCUCCUUCACAGUGACAUUGAGACUUUUAAUACAUCCUUUUGUCAGUAUGUCUCUCUAAAUGCAAUUCACAACACUUUUUUAAGGUAGUUACUGACUCCUGAGGAACUGUUGGUGUCAAGGCAGGGCCUUUUUUUUUUUUUUUUUUUUUUUCUUCCAGAGAAACUUUGAAAUUGAGUUGGAAGAGAUGCAGUUAACACAAUCAGUGUGCCAGCUAUUUACAUCAUCUGUAUAUUCAGAAUUUUCAAGGAUGGGAGAAGCGAGUUUCUAUGAUGUUAAGCAUUUUUGUACUGACACAGCCUGCAGAUGUAAAAGUGUAUUUCGGUCAGCAUAAGGAUUGCAUAUGUAGCCUUCUGUAUGUUCCUUUAUAUCUAAACGAGGAUGUUAACAGUCUGGUUUAGAUCAUCAAAUUUUAUUUUGCAUACUAAUAAUGCUUAAACCUACCUCUAAAACCAUAAGCUGUGUUCACAGAGAAAGGCAAAGGUAGGAAUGAAGAAGAGAAAGUUCAAGUAGUAGGUGGAGGAGAAUUUUUUCUUUCAUUCCUAACUUAGAUCACUUAUAACUACUGAAAAUCACUUGAUUUUUUUGCUGUACACACUGAUGCCCUCUAAUAGCUAACAUCAACUCGCGUACAAGAUGUUUCCAAGACUCAGUAUAGACAAAAUGCUACAGUAUUCCCUCUGUGAAACCUUGUUAACCCUCAUUUCCACAGGCAAGUUAGCGUGGAACAGCUGAGCACUACGAAAUGAUAAUAUUCAGCAUUGUAUCUGCAUACAUUGAUCAGUCUGAUUAACUGGAAACAUUAAAUUUUCUGAUUUCUUAUUUUAAGAUAUAAAAUGCAUUCAUAUGGGACAGAAGGCUCUUUAUUAAGCUUCUAUCGGAGUAUGUUUUAGAGUUAACCAAAAUAAGGUGAUGUUAUUUUGUUAGAGAUGUUUACUAUGUGUAUCUGUGUCCUUCCUGUUUGUUGCUGAGUUUAAUUUAUACUUCUUUUUAAGAACGUGGGGGUGGGGGAAGAAAGUAAUAAUAAAAAUUUUGUACAGGG